UCUCAUCUAGCUAGUAAAUCUAUUUCCUUUCAUUUCAAGAGUGCGAAGAUGUCUACCAAUCAGAGUGCGGCCGUUGAAUCCGCUAAGAACACAGCUAACACAGCUGGGGAACAUGUUGCCGAUGCAGCUAAAGCAACUAGAGACUAUGUAGCAGAUGCAGCUAACACUACAACCAAUACUGCCCAACAGAAAAAGGAAGAGGCCUCUCGUGUCCUUAUUGACGAUACAGCUCAAACAGCUAGGCAGCAUGUUGCCAAUGCAGCUGACUCUGUAUCCAAAGCUGCCAAGCCGGAAGAAGAAAAGACCCCUGGAUUCCUUGAAAAGACUGGGACAACAAUGAAGAACACAGCACUAGGUGCAGCUGACACUGUGACUAAAACAGCACAAGGUGCAGUGGAGACUGUGAAGAAUACAAUCGGAAUGAAUGACAAGAAAUGAAGAAGCAGAUGUUAAUCUUAGCAAUCCAUCCAUCCA